AUGCGUACAAAGGCAGUCCAAGUCCUCUGGGGAUGUUUCUUCCUGUCGGAUCUCUACAUCUCAUCUGCCCAGACCGUUUACCCUGGAAUCAAGGCCAGGGUUACUCAGCGGGCUCUGGACUAUGGCGUUCUAGCUGGGAGGGAGAUGAUUGAGCAAAUGGUUAAGGAAAAAAAUAUCCCAGACCUAGAAGGUUCUGAAUCUCUGGAAUUUCUGAAGGUUGAUUAUGUGAACUACAAUUUUUCAAACAUAAAAAUCAAUGCCUUUUCAUUUCCAAAUACGUCAUUAGCCUUUGUGCCUGGGGUGGGAAUCAAGGCCCUGACCAACCAUGGCACUGCCAACAUCAGCACCGACUGGGAAAUCAAGUCUCCGCUCUUUGAAGACACAGGUAGAGCUGAUCUGUUUCUCUCUGGAGUCUACUUCACCGGUAUCGUUGUCCUGGCCCGGAAUGACUUUGGUCACCCGAUCCUGAAGCUCCAACGCUGUUACGCCCAAGUGAGCCACGCCCAUGUGUCAUUUUCCGGAGAACUCAGUGUCCUGUACAACUCCUUUGCUGAGCCCAUGGAGAAACCCAUUUUAAAGAACUUAAAUGAAAUGCUCUGUCCCAUUAUCACGAGUGAGGUGGAAGCCCUGAACGCCAAUCUCAGCAUGCUAGAAGUUUUAACCAAGAUUGACAACUAUACUCUGCUGGAUUAUUCCCUAAUCAGUUCUCCAGAAAUCACUGAGAAUUAUAUGGAGCUGAAUUUGAAGGGCGUAUUCUACCCACUGGACAAACUCACAGACCCCCCCUUCUUGCCAGUUCCUUUUGCGCUGCCAGAACGCCAUGACUCUAUGCUCUAUGUUGGAAUCUCCGAGUUUUUCUUUAAAUCUGCAUCCUUUGCUUACUUUACAUCUGGGGCCUUUAACGUCACUCUCUCCAUGAAAGAGAUUUCCAGCCAUUUGGUUCAAAACUCUCAAGGCCUUGGCAACGUGCUCUCCCGGAUUGCAGAGAUCUACAUCUUGUCCCAGCCCUUCAUGGUACGGGUCAUGGCAACAGAGCCCCCCGUGAUCAGCUUGCAGCCGGAUAACUUCACCCUGGACAUCCCUGCCUCCAUGGUGCUCCUCGCCCAGACCGAGAACUCGACCGCUGAAGCCAUCGUGUCCAUGGACUUUGUUGCUAGUACCAGUGUUGGCCUGGUUAUUUUGGGACAAAGACUGGUCUGCUCAUUAUCUCUGAACAGAUUCCGCCUCUCUUUGCCAGAGUCCAAUCGCAGCAAUAUUGAGGUCUUGAGAUUUGAGAAUAUUCUCUCCUCUAUUCUCCACUUUGGAAUCCUCCCACUGGCCAACGCAAAAUUGCAGCAAGGAAUUCCUCUGCCCAACCCACACAAAAUCUCAUUUGUCAAUUCAGAUAUUGAAGUUUUUGAGGGAUUCCUUUUGAUUUCCACCGACCUGAAGUAUGAAACAUCCUUAAAGCAGCAGCUAAGUUUCCAUGGUUGGGAAGGUCUGAACCUCGUAAGUGGACAGUGGAGGGGGAAGCCAGUCGCCUGAUUGCCUGUUUGGAGUCCACUCCAGGAAGUCAAUGGCCUUAAUCCACAGCUACUGUAAACCCAGAAGGGGAAGACAAUGCACACUGGAUUGUAAAGCCCUUGUGAAGUGCUUAGACUGACAGUUUUCUUUCUCAAGCCCUCAGGGUCGGAGGGAGGCAA